AUUUACAGGUUUUUGCAGCAAGAAGAUUACUUUAUUCCUUCGUGUUAAAUGGGAGUACUUUAAUCCAAAGCCCAACCUCAUGCUAUUCCCAAUUUCCCAUUAUUUCAAUCGGCAAAUAUAUAGUCCAUUCACUUUCCCCAGCACGACGAAGUUCAACCCGCCGGAAUUGAGGCGGUGUUCAUUGCAAUAAACCUAACACGAUGGUGCUUCGAGAUCUUCCGGACAAAAAAUUGUCGUUUAAUCGCGCCAUUAAAUAUGGAGAUUUAGUAAUUGUGUAUGAAAAGCACGACGCAAUGAAAGCCGUGAAGGUUUCAGAGGACGGGGUUCUACAGAAUCGUUUCGGGGCGUUUAAGCAUUCGGAUUGGAUAGGAAAAUCUUUCGGAUCCAAAGUAUUUGGACACAAAGGAGGGUUUGUUUACCUGCUGGCCCCAACGCCGGAGCUGUGGACACUCGUUCUGAGCCACCGGACUCAGAUUCUGUACAUCGCUGAUAUCAGUUUCGUGAUUAUGUAUCUGGAGAUAGUUCCGGGCUGUUUGGUUCUUGAAUCGGGAACGGGUAGCGGCUCAUUGACCACUUCGCUGGCGAGAGCUGUUGCUCCCACAGGACAUGUUUUUACAUUUGAUUUUCACGAACAGAGAGCUGCCUCUGCUAGCGCAUCAGUCGGUCUAUGCAAUUUUGGACACAAUUUUCACCAUUGGUCAUCCGAAAACAGUCUCUCUGUGAUUUAGUACAGGGGUAAGACUGCGUACAUCCGACCCCCCUUUACCCUACCUUAGGUGGGAGCUUUUACGGCACUGGAGUAAUGAUAAUGAUGAUGAUGAUGUAGUUAAUGUGAUCUGACUCACUUGCCAGAAUUCAACUUCUUCCAUAAAGGGAUGAUUUUGAGAGAACAGGGAUAAGUGAGCUAGUAGAAGUUGCGCUGAGAGACAUACAAGGUGAAGGGUUCCCUGAAGAGUUCACCGGAAGGGCAGAUUCUGUCUUCCUUGACCUCCCUCAGCCAUGGACGGCCAUACCUUCAGCUGGGAAAAUGUUAAAAGAAGAUGGAAUCUUGUGCUCCUUCUCCCCAUGCAUUGAACAAGUCCAACGCUCAUCUCAAGAAAUGGAAUCUCAAUGUUUUACAGAUAUAAGAACAUUUGAAGUGCUUCUCCGCACCUAUGAAGUUGGGAAGAAAAGCAUGGAGUACAGCCUGAACAAAGAAGAGUCCAUUGAGGAACAUACACAGAAGAGAAAGCGAGGGUCUGGAGGAGACAACUGGAGUGUGAUGAUGAGGCCUUCUAGCGAGACAAGAGGGCAUACUGGCUACUUAACAUUUUCCAGGCUUAAAUGCAUACUUAAAUAAAUAUCAACGUACUUAAAUAUUUGGCUUUCAUGUCGCAAUGCUAAACAUUUACAGGUCAACGUACAACGGGUUGUCUUACAGUUGUUUUACUUCUUCAGCGAAAAUCGAAAUGGUAUUAGACUUGAAGAGUUUGAAGUUGGGAUUCGUUUGUUAUUCAAUUAUGUUAGUGAAUAGUGAUCAAUGAAAACAGUAUUAACUUUUAAGGCUACAGAUUUUAUAAAGUUUCUUUUUCAUCCUAUUAUUUAGGGAAGUUCGUAUGACAUUGAUUAAGUUUUUUGUGGCAAUUGUAUUAUAUCAUAGAUUGGUUUAAAAAAAUAGAGCGUAAAGUUA